AAGCUGAUCUGCCCCAUCCUGCUGCUUGGCAUCAAUGGCCCACGUACGCUCGACCUUCGAACACGUUCCCCCUCUGAGUCUAUCUCAUUGGCUCAUCCCGCCACUGGGCUGCGCUCUCAAACAAGCGUGAGGCAACUCGACGACAAAGAAAAAAAAAAAGAGCGUUGCCAAUGUCCCGCCGCAAUCCGAGGAGUGGUGGCCAUGCUGGCGUGGGUCGCACCCACCCUGCCCGCGCGCUUUCUAGAUGCCUCGAUGCUACCAACGCUCGCUCAGCUAGGCUGUGACCCGGGCUGUAUAUAACCAUCCUCUCGCCUCUGGUUGCUAGGCCUUGUUUUCCUCCGCGCUCCUCAGCCAGCUAUAGCAUCCUCGGAUCCGACGAGGCAUUCGCUACCCUGCCACCCAUUCCCAAAGGCUUCUUCGGCUGACUGGCGACGCGGUCUCUGUGAGUCGAAAACCGCCCAACAUGGUCCUCCACCAGUACGACUACAUCUUUGCCAUUGGCACGAUCUUUGCGUUUCUCGAUGCCUAUAAUAUCGGUGCCAACGAUGUCGCCAACUCCUGGGCAACCUCGGUUGCUUCCCGCUCCCUGACCCUAUUCCAGGCCAUGGUCGGCGCUGCCAUUAUGGAGUUUGCCGGCGCUUUUGGUGUUGGUGCUCGGGUGGCCGACACCAUCAAGACCAAGAUUGUCAGCCCUGACCAGUACGAAUCGGAGCCCGCUGUCCUCAUGCUCGGCAUGACCUGUGCCAUUGUCGGCUCCUCGCUCUGGCUCACCUUCUGCACCAAAAUUGGUCUCCCCGUCUCCACCACCCACUCUCUCAUGGGUGGUGUCAUCGGUAUGGGUCUUGCUUCCGUUGGUGCUGAGGGCAUCACCUGGGUUGCGCCUGCGGGAACCACCGGAACCGAGGUCGUCAACACCGGUGUUGCAUCAGUGUUCGCGGCCUGGCUGAUUGCCCCCGGCAUUUCGGCCUGCUUUGGCGCCAUCCUCUUCACCAUCACCAAGUACGGUGUCAUGCUGCGCAAAGACCCGGUCAUGAAGGCGUUCAUCAUGGUGCCCAUCUACUUCUCCAUCACCGCCAUGCUGCUUAUCAUGCUGCUGCUCUGGAAGGGAGGCGCCUACGAGGUCAGGCUCACCGACCAGCAGAUUCCUGGCGUCAUUGUCGGUUCCGGUAUCGGUUUCGGCCUUCUCGUAUCUUUCUUCUUCCUGCCCUGGCUCUACCGCGUUGUCGUCAAGGAUGACUGGGAGCUCAAGUGGCACCACAUCUUCCAGGGCCCUUUCCUGCUGCGCCGUGGCGAGGUCCCUCCUCCCCCUGCCGACUUCACUGGGGCCAUCCGCAAUUUCUACGAGGGACACCUGACCCGCGAAGAGCUCGACGCCAAGCGUGCCGCUAUGCCUGCCAGCACUGACGUCGAGGCCAACACGAACACCAGCAGCGAGGCCAAGGUUCUGGAUGCCGUCCUCGCCUCCGACUCGUCCGAGACAAACUCCCACAGCGGCGCCGCCCCCGUGAAGACCCACAGCAGCUACAAGUCCAUCAUUGGCCCUCGACCCGAGGGUCUUCCCUGGACCUCCAAGGAGAUGUUGUGGUGGGGAUUUAAGCUUGUCAUCUUCCACGGUGUUGACAAAGACAUUGCCUCGAUCCAGAGCCAGAAGAAGGACAAGCUCAGCGGAGAUCUCGAAGAGGCCCACGCCCGUGCUGCCCACUACGACAACAAGGCCGAGUUCUGCUACUCGUUCCUCCAGAUCCUUACUGCCUGCACUGCCUCUUUCGUCCACGGUGCCAACGACGUUUCCAAUGCCAUCGCUCCUUACUCGGUCAUUUAUGACAUCUGGCAGACCGGCGAGAUUGCAGGCAGCAAGUCUCCUGUCCCUCUCUGGAUUCUCGCCUUCGGUGGUAUUGGUAUUGUGCUCGGUCUGUGGACCUACGGUUACCAGAUCAUGUCCAACCUGGGCAACAAGCUGACCCUGCAAUCUCCCUCGCGUGGUUUCUCCAUGGAGCUGGGCUCUGCUGCCACCAUUGUUCUCGCCACCCGUCUGAAGCUUCCCGUGUCCACUACCCAGUGCAUCACUGGCGCUGUUGUCGGUGUCGGUCUCUGCAACGGAGACUGGCGGGCCCUCAACUGGCGCAUGAUUGCGUGGAUCUACAUGGGCUGGAUCCUGACCCUGCCUAUUGCCGGCAUUGUCUCUGGCUGCCUUAUGGGCAUUAUCAUGAACGCGCCCCGCUGGGGUAUGAGCGCUUAGAUUAUGGUGCUUUCUGACAUACAAUUCUUAUGAGUUUGUGGGCGAGGUUCCACGAAGUGCCGUCUUUAGCAGGGCCUGAGGUUGCUCCUUCCUUCGCUCGGGCUGACUUCAUCACUCUUUACGCUACGUCAUAUAAUUGAUACACAAGAUAUACCCGACACUGGAAGUCUUG